AGAAAAGCAGCCCCUCCCUACUGCGCAGUUCUCCUUGGGACCCUGUAUGCAGGAGAGAGCUGAUACUCCGUGCCCCGUGGCCCAUCCCACUGCCUGCUGGCCCUGCUCCCAUCCCCUCAGCCUCCUCCCUCCUCUGCCCUCUCGUCAUCUCUGAAUUCUCAGGCCCUGCCCUCUCUGUGUCCUUCCCUCCACCUGACAGGGUCUGGCUCAAGGUCACUGCAGUAAUUCCAUACCCAGCUGCCCAGGGCUGCUGCUGCUACCGCCACCGCCUUAUCGGCCGCUGGGUUUCUAUUACACUCCCUUUUAUUUCUGGGCAUAUCGUGUUCGAUAAAACCCUUUGCUUGUAACACUGCUGGCAGCACUCCCAGCUGCUCCCUCCCGCGUUCCCGCGUUCCUUCCUUUCCUCCUCCCUUCUCUGUGCUUGGGCAGCCUUCUUCCUUUCCUCCUCCCUUCUGUGCUUGGGCAGCCUCACCUUGUCCCCUCAAACUCCAGAAAAGGAAAAUCAAGGUGCCUCCCCAUGUUUCCGGCCCCACCCUUCCCCCCAGCCCCUGCAGGGGUGUGCAGAGAAUGUCCACCUUCUGUGAAAAAGGUCCAGGCAGGGCCGCUGGGCCCACACCGAGAGUCCCCUCCCAGAGGCUGGUGCCCCCACACAGGCCAGGCCGGAGGGCCAGGGCAUCCAGGUCCAGGUAGGGCUCUGGUGCAGUCACAGCGCCCGACUGGUUCUGCUAGUUCCAGCGGCCAGCCGGUAGGGGCGUGUGCUGGGCGGGCUUUGGUGCACAUUAUUUCCCCUCUUCACUCUGCCACCCCCAGCCACGGGUUGGGGAGGUGAAGGCAGGUCUGAGUCACUAGCAAGGGAGAGGGCAGGAGUUAAACAAGUUGUGGCCGUGGCAUUCCCACAGAAGGCCCACCACCCGCUGGAAGGAAAGAGACAGCAGACAAAAGGGUCUCGCUCUGUUGCCCAGUGGCAUGAUCAUGGCUCACUGCAGCCUCCAACUACUGGCCUCAAGUGAUCCUCUUGCCUUGGCCUCCUGAAGUCCUGGAAUUAUAGGCGUGAGCCACUGCACUGGGCCCAUUUAAUACUCUGAGCCCCACCUUUCCCAUCUGUGGAUGGAGAUAAUGAUAAUAGCAUCUUUGUGGUGUGACUGUGAAGACAGAUAGAUGAGCAUGCAAAGCUCCAAGUGCCUGCUGAAUUAUAAGUGAAAUAAGAACGUGUGCUGCUGAAGGCUGUCCCUGGAGGCAGGGACACUCUGGCCAGGCCUCAUUUAGUUGGUCAGUGGCUGAGUGACCCGUGAGGUAGGCCUCUGCCCCUGAGUUCCUGGCCCUCUCUUCCUCAGCCCCAUGUGGAAUCCAAGAACGCAGCUGCUCUGCUGAGAACACGGCAGCCCAUCCUUCGAGACCGUGACCUCACCACAGUGGCCCUCAGCCCUCCACCUCCGGCGGGGGCAAGGGCCACCCACCUCCAAGUCUCCAGCCAUGACGACCUCCGCACUCCGGCGCCAGGUGAAGAACAUCGUGCACAACUACUCCGAGGCGGAAAUCAAGGUGCGCGAGGCCACCAGCAAUGACCCCUGGGGCCCCCCUAGUUCGCUCAUGUCCGAGAUCGCUGACCUGACCUUCAACACGGUGGCCUUCACCGAGGUCAUGGGCAUGCUGUGGCGGCGGCUCAAUGACAGCGGCAAGAACUGGCGGCACGUGUACAAGGCUCUGACAUUGCUGGACUACCUGCUCAAGACGGGCUCCGAGCGGGUGGCCCACCAGUGCCGCGAGAACCUCUACACCAUCCAGACACUCAAGGACUUCCAGUAUAUCGACCGCGACGGCAAGGACCAGGGCGUCAACGUGCGCGAGAAGGUCAAGCAGGUGAUGGCCCUGCUCAAGGACGAGGAGCGGCUGCGGCAGGAGCGAACCCACGCCCUCAAGACCAAGGAGCGCAUGGCACUGGAGGGCAUCGGCAUUGGCAGUGGGCAACUGGGCUUCAGCCGCCGCUACGGCGAGGACUACAGCCGCUCCCGGGGCUCUCCGUCCUCCCACAACUCCUCCUCUUCGUCACCCCGCUAUACCUCCGACCUGGAGCAGGCCCGGCCUCAGACGUCAGGGGAAGAGGAACUGCAGCUGCAGCUGGCCCUAGCCAUGAGCCGCGAGGAGGCAGAGAAGCCUGUCCCCCCAGCCUCCCACAGGGACGAGGACCUGCAGCUGCAGCUGGCUCUGCGCCUGAGCUGGCAGGAGCACGAGAAGGAGGUGAGAUCCUGGCGGGGUGAUGGCUCCCCCAUGGCCAAUGGUGCAGGGGCCGUGGUCCACCAUCGGUGGGACAGAGAGCCUGAGAGAGAAGAGAGAAAGGAGGAGGAGAAGCUAAAAACCAGCCAGUCCUCCAUCCUGGACUUGGCUGACAUCUUCGUACCUGCCCUGGCCCCGCCCUCCACACACUGCUCUGCUGACCCAUGGGACAUCCCAGGUUUUAGGCCGAACACAGAGGCCAGUGGCUCCUCCUGGGGGCCUUCUGCAGACCCCUGGUCUCCGAUCCCCUCAGGAACCAUCCUGUCCCGAAGCCAGCCCUGGGAUCUGACUCCCAUGCUCUCCUCCUCUGAGCCCUGGGGCAGGACCCCAGUGCUGCCUGCUGGGCCCCCCACCACAGACCCCUGGGCACUGAACUCUCCCCACCACAAACUCCCCAGCACUGGGGCUGACCCUUGGGGAGCCUCCCUGGAGACCUCCGACACACCUGGUGGUGCCUCGGCCUUUGACCCAUUUGCCAAACCUCCAGAAUCCACAGAGACCAAGGAGGGGCUGGAGCAGGCCCUGCCCUCUGGGAAGCCCAGCAGCCCUGCGGAGCUGGACCUGUUUGGAGACCCCAGCCCCAGUUCCAAGCAAAAUGGCACGAAGGAGCCAGAUGCCCUGGACCUGGGUAUACUAGGGGAAGCACUAACCCAGCCAAGCAAAGAGGCCCAAGCUUGCCGGACUCCCGAGUCAUUUCUGGGCCCCUCAGCUUCCUCCUUGGUCAACCUUGACUCGUUGGUCAAGGCACCCCAGGCUGCAAAGACCCGGAACCCCUUCCUGACAGGUCUCAGCGCUCCGUCCCCCACCAACCCGUUCGGCGCAGGCGAGCCGGGCAGGCCGACGCUAAACCAGAUGCGCACCGGGUCGCCGGCGACGGGCCUGGCAGGCGGGCCUGUGGGGGCGCCCCUGGGCUCCAUGACCUACAGCGCCUCUCUGCCCCUCCCGCUCAGCAGCGUGCCAGCAGGCUUGACCCUCCCCGCCUCGGUUAGCGUCUUCCCGCAGGCCGGAGCCUUCGCACCGCCCCCCGCUGGCCUGCCGCAGCCGCUGCUGCCCACGCCGAGCUCAGCCGGGCCGCGGCCCCCGCCCCCGCAGACCGGCACCAACCCCUUCCUCUGAGCACCGCCCCGUCCCAUGCCGGCCUGCGCUUGCGCCAGGCGCCCCGCGGCCUCGCCUGCGCCUGCGCCGGACGCCCCUCGGCCCCGCCUCCGGACCCGGGGCCGGUGCUAGUGGAUUGCUGAGCCGGUGGCGGCUGGGAUCCCGCGGCGGCUCCGGAAGCUGGACGCGGACCACGGCCCGGGAGCUAGAAACUGAACGCCCGCAUAAUAAAGACUGGAACCCUCGUUCUCAGCUGUCACCAAGUGGACUUUUUGCGGGGUGUGGCGGCCGGGUCUCGACCACAGCUUGGAUCACCGGCAGUCUAGGAAACUGCAGCUGCACAACGUAGGGUGCAAAACUGCCCCGCUUCCUUUACAGCUCUUCUCAACCCUCACCUCCAUCCCCGGUUACCCAGGCACCUUCGCUUCCAGAUGCUCCCAGGCUGUCACUCAAUUCGGUCAUUUCAUUCAUUUAUCACAAAUGGGCACUGGGGUUGAGCUAACAGCCAGAGACAAUAGGCCUUUGUUCCUAUUUAUUGGGUACUGCUUAUGUGCUAAGCAGAUCAGUUUAUUUAAUGCUUGCAACGACUCUCUGAGGUAGACAAUAUUGUUAAUUCCGUUCAGGACCCCGGCUACAUAAUCUGUGGGGCUCAAUACAAAAUAAAAAUGUAGGGGCUCCUUGUUUAAAA